GAGAUGAAGAAGUACGAGUCAAUGAAGCCGUUCCACGAGAUCCACAUCAGGAAGGAGAAGGAAUUAACAGAGGAAGCCGCGUCGGAGGUCGAACAGUUCAACCAGAAGCUUCACAAGCGUCAACGCGCGUCUAGAGAGGAUUCCGCGUCGGAGGUCGGACAGCCCAAGCAGAAGGCUGGCAAGGGUCAACUCGCAGCCACCACGAAGGCAUCAGAGGCUUCCGCUGUUUCCGCUGCUUGUGCGCCGGCAACGGCAGCCAACGAGGUGGCGCCCGCGAACAUGGCUGUAAGGAGGCAGCUUUUGUCGAGGCUCGUUGCGAUCGAUGUAUUCUGCCCACAUUCCGUUGGGGAUCUGGAUGGAUUGCAUCCGGCGGGCAUCAGGUACACGCUGGCGUUCCUCAACCUCUCCCAGUUUGUCAGCAUUCCGGCCGGGACUUCCAUCAGCUGUUCGUCGUCUCCCCUGAACCAACGCCUACAGACCGCCCUCGACUCUCUCUCGAAGAACUUGGAAAACCACGGCACCGUGUUGCUGUCUGUACCUGUGGAGGUGCAGGAAACCUUCCUUCUGACAGACAUGUUCAAAAAAGCGGGUCUUCGGGUAGAGGGGGUUCCAGUAAUAUCAACGUACGCUGGGUCUUCUGACCACGCAGGCAAGAGCUCCAUCACCGUCGUCGCGCACAAGGAUGGGGAGAGGUUCAUUUGCAACCCGGGGGGUCGGGAGAGCGAUGAGGAGGGCGAGACGACACACACACCUCGGGCAUCCAGGCCAACCUGUGUCCAGCCGCAUGUAGACGCAGCGUUAGACCCGCAAGUAGGGAAGUGGUCAACGCGAAGACCCGCCGAGGGGUCUUUCAUCAGCGGCCCCCUGACGACGUUCUUCAUUAAACGGUAGGAGAGUGAUGGUGCUAUUUUGUUUUUGUAGUGUCGUAAAAAGGGGGUGCAAAUGAUGUCCCGUAUCCGUAACUUGAGCUGCUGUGAAUCCUCAUUUGUACGGAGGGCUAGGAUGUCCACUGCAUACCAUUAAAGAUAAUUCCCACUCGAAACGUCAUCCUAAUGUACCCUAAAUGUAUAUGGCUCUGUGUUUUAUUUCGCGUGCGACGGUCGUCUCUUGCUU